CAGUCCCCUCCGCAGGGAACACCGCGACGUUACUGUGGCUCCCUGAGAGCCAACGGUUAGCAAGGCAGGGCUUGCCUGAGCUCGUCGGCUUGGUGAGCAUUGUAGGAUGGGGCUGUCGUCACUUUCCUUUGACUGGAUUUUUUCUUCUGCGAGUUUGGAGACGAAGCCAUCUAGGAUUGGGGCCCUUAACCUAGGGACUUUUUGCAGUGACCUGCGUGGGAAGUUCUAGUUCAGCUGCCCAAGCCCAGGUGUUUGAGUCACAUUGUUUGUGGAGAGAUGCUCAGACUGUGAUCCAUACGUGAGACUUAAGAGCAACUGAGAAACCAGCAAAUUUACAUCACCCACAUCAUACUUACCCCAAGAUAAUGAAUUCUGAAUUAGUGAAUAGUGUGGUAGGAAGCUAUCUUAAGCCUCCAGAAAAAGUGCUUGUUCCAUCCUUCACCCAGAAUGAGUCAUCUCAGACUUGCCAACCCAAAGACUUAGAAAUCACCUCUGCUAAAGGGUUUCAUAGCCCAAAUAGACAAGCUCUUAUUUUGGCCUUAAAAACUCUUCAGGAAAAGAUUCAUCGUUUAGAGCUAGAGAGAACACAAGCUGAAGAUAAUCUGAACACACUUUCCAAAGAGGCAGCACAGUACAAAAAGGCCUUAGAGAAUGAAACAAUUGAAAGAAAUUUGGCACAUGAGGAACUGAUAAAGCAGAAAAAAGAUAUAAGUAUACAGUUAUGCUCAGCCCAAUCUCGUUGUAUCCUUCUAGAGAAGCAACUAGAAUAUACUAAGAGAAUGGUUCUCAAUGUAGAGCGAGAAAAGAAUAUGAUCCUAGAACAACAGGCCCAGCUUCAAAGGGAAAAAGAACAAGGUCAGAUGAAGCUGCAUGCAAAACUUGAAAAGCUUGAUGUUUUAGAAAAAGAGUGUUUUAGACUUACAGCAACUCAGAAAACUGCUGAGGACAAGAUUAAACAUUUAGAGGAAAAACUCAGGGAAGAAGAACAUCAGCGUAAGCUGUUUCAAGACAAAGCUUCUGAGCUUCAAACUGGACUUGAAAUCAGUAGAAUUUUAAUGUCUUCCGUGUCAAAUCCAAAACACUCCAGGGAAAAGAAGAUAUCUUCAAAGGUAUGCAUAUAAAACUUUUUUCCAGACAAUAUUUUCUUAUUUGCUAAUUCUUAUUUA